AUAACGGAACGGAUUUUUGACCACUGCCAGUACUGGCAGUUAUAUUGGAACACAGCCAUAAUUCUCUGGCGUUGUGUAGGGUGUAGGUCGUGUAUAUAAAUACAAUAUCAUUGAUACAUAUAGCGUAUACUGUUUUGUCAUUUUGUAUGUAUGUAUAUACAUACGUGUAGUUCAAUGCAGUUCUGUCACCACGCACGAAGCUUGAUAUAAAUUUUCUUAUCAUAUCAAAGAGACGAGUACAUAUUAGGUCUAUUUAAAUAUGAAGCCAACGCUUGUGGCUGAUGAAAUGUUCCCCGAAGGAGCUGGACCUUACGUUGAAUUAGAGGAGGUUGGAGGUAGUAGGUUGUUAGUGGAUCUUACAGCUAGUGAAAAAGCUGUCCAUUCAGAAUUUUUCAAUGAGUUUGAUGAUCUUUACGAUGAUGAUGAUUUGGAAUAAAGCAGCAUUCCUAGGAAAUUCGACUACACAGUGCUUUUAUACAGAUUGCAAUUAACUUAGCGUUUAAGCAGAAAAUUUGUUUUCAUAAAUCCAUGCAAAACAUGGGUACAAUAUAAGAUCAGUGGACACCAUAUGUCAUUAGUUACGUUCAGCAGAAAACGGUGUUUCACAUUAUUUAACGAUAACAUAAAAUAAUCAACUUUUUUUGUCAUGCUUGCGCUGUAUAGCUUACUUUUUUAAGUCUAAUGUUACUAUAAUUAAUAUUAUUGUACUAUUUUGAUAUUUCAUAAAUAUUGAAAAUAAUGAAAUUAUUAUCAAUUUUUAAUAACACUGAUACAGUAUAUCUUCAAUAUAUUCAAAAAAGAAAUAGAGCGUUCAAGACAAGACAAAAAAUUAUGCAACCGUUUCAAAGUUAUUUCUUUCUGUUGAACGCAGCCACUAUAUGUAUCAUAUGUUUAUACGUACAAUAGAUAUUAAAAAAUGUUUCAUUUUUUUUAA